UAGACAUCAUGGCUAUGAUUGGUUCACCCAGGGUUCACCGCUCUUGCGUAAACAAAUGAGAAAGCGACCCACCGGUGAAUGAACUCUGGAACUACACACCAACCCACAGGAGCGUGUUUCUCUUGUACGCUGGUGAACUGCAGGUGAUUUUGGUCUUCGAAUACUUUUAUUUAAAUAAAACCUAAUAGAGAUGGACAACGAUCUGCCAACCACGGGGGACAUUAACUUGGAUCAUGCGGUCAAACAGUGGCUCCAAUUUGACAAGAACCCAAAGACCAUCGCUGCCAUCAGAGACAUGUUAAGCCAAGGAGCUGUCACAGAGCUUCAGGCUUGCUUUGGAUCCCGGAUGGAGUUUGGCACUGCUGGCCUUAGGGCCCCCAUGGGACCUGGUGUCUCCCGCAUGAAUGACCUUACAAUCAUUCAGACUACUCAGGGGUUCUGCAGCUAUCUGGAGGACAGCUUCAAGGACCUCAAGGGGAAAGGGGUGGUGAUAGGAUUUGAUGCCCGAGCUCACCCUCCAAGUGGUGGCAGCAGCAAAAGAUUUGCCACUCUUGCUGCAACUGUUUUCAUCAGCAGAGAAGUGCCGGUUUACUUAUUUAGUGACAUUACACCAACGCCUUUUGUGCCAUUUGCUGUGUCUCAUCUCGGCCUUUGUGCUGGCAUCAUGGUUACAGCCUCUCACAACCCUAAGCAGGAUAAUGGCUACAAGGUCUACUGGAAUAAUGGGGCCCAGAUCAUUCCCCCGCAUGAUAAGGGUAUCUCUGUUGCAAUAGAAAAAUGCUUGGAGCCAUGGCCCAAGUCUUGGGAUGCAGAGGAAGCGAUGAAGAGUCCUCUACUGAGAGACCCUUAUCAGGACAUUUACAGAGAAUACUUCAGUGCUGUGGAGAAACACUGUUUUCACAGAGAAAUCAAUCAAAAGUCAAUGGUUAAGAUUGUGCAUACAUCUGUGCAUGGUGUUGGACACGCCUUCGUGCAGUCAGCGUUCAAGGCGUUUGACCUUCGAGCACCAUUUGCUGUUCAAGAGCAAAAAGAUCCAGACCCUGAGUUUCCAACCGUUAAAUACCCUAAUCCUGAGGAAGGGGAGGGGGUUUUAACUCUGUCAUUUUCACUGGCUGAUGAGAUUGGUGCCACUGUUGUGCUAGCCAAUGACCCUGAUGCAGAUCGACUGGCUGUGGCUGAAAAGCAGGAAAGUGGUCCAUGGAGAGUGUUUUCAGGAAAUGAGCUAGGAGCUCUUCUGGGCUGGUGGGUUUUUCAGUGCUGGAAGAAGCAACAAAAGGCAGAUGAGUUAAAAGAAAUGACCAAGGAUGUCUACAUGAUGGCCAGCACCGUUUCAUCAAAGAUUCUACAAGCCAUUGCCAUUAAAGAGGGCUUUCAUUUUGAGGAAACACUCACAGGAUUUAAGUGGAUGGGAAACAGAGGAAAGGAGUUGCUUGAUCAAGGCAAAACUGUGCUUUUUGCAUUUGAAGAAGCCAUAGGUUACAUGUGCAGCCCAGCAGUACUGGAUAAAGAUGGUGUAAGUGCAGCAGCCAUUGCAGGAGAACUCACAUCCUACCUUGCAGCACAGAACACUACACUGUCACAACAAUUAAAGGCUAUCUAUGAGGAGUAUGGAUACCACAUCACGAAGAACUCCUACUUCAUCUGUCAUGAUCAGAAUACAAUACGCAAGAUGUUUGAACGCCUGAGGAACUUCAAAGGACCCAACACAUACCCUCAGGAGUGUGGAGGCAUUUCUGUCACUGCUGUGCGAGACCUAACUACAGGCUUUGACAGUAACCAAGCCAACAACAAAGCUGUUCUGCCCACCAGUAAGAGCAGUCAGAUGAUCACCUUCACAUUUGCUAAUGGAGGGGUGGCUACCCUGCGCACCAGUGGAACUGAACCGAAGAUCAAGUACUACACUGAACUCUGUGCCGCACCAGGGAAUAGUGACCUGACGCAAUUGAAAGCAGAGUUGGAUAAUCUUGUUGAAGCCAUCGUUGAGAACUUCUUCCAGCCCAAGGUUAACAAGUUGAUCCCACGGUCGGAUUGAGAGAAUACAACAACACAACGAGGACCAUAAUGCCGAAAACAACAGGAAUGUCUCUGGACCUGUAAACAGGGAUGUCCAUUGACACUGAAUAGUCCAUAUAGUAUAUAAGUCAGUGGGGAUGUCUAAAGCUGCUCUCAUGCACAAGAUCGCCUACAAACAACUGAAGCGUCCACAUAACUGGGUUUUGUUAAUUAGCAUUAAUUAGCACAGACAUGCACUUCGAAGACUUAAACAAAAGUUAGUCAGAAACAUUAUUAAUUCUCCUUUAAUUAGAAUAAUUAUUGUCAAUUUUGCACAGUUAGGCAGGAAUAUAGGCAUAUACUGUAUGUCAUACUCUACCUUUUGAUUGGAUAAGCUAUUAGAUAUUUUCCAGCGUCAGUUUGAUCGAACAGCGCUGACAUGCCGACUAUCGGACAAUGACGCCAACUUAAUGACACCUUAUAGGUAGAGUAUUUCAUUUUAGUGGUUCAUUUCCGAAAUACACUGUGUGCAGAAUUAUUAGGCAAACAAGUUUUUUGACAAUAUCGUCCAUUUUAUGCAUUUUGUCCGACACCACCCUUUAUGGACAUGAACACCUAUUGGAUUUAAGCAUUCCAGGUCAUUCAUAUUGGUAUAAUAAGAGACGGUGUGAUCGAAGGAGCCCAAUACCCUAUAUCAGGGCAAAAUUAGUGUGCAUAAUUAUUAGGCAACUUUGUUUUCCUCUCGGAAAAUGAGCAACAAAAGAGAUCUAACAAACUCUGUAAAGACUAUAAACAAUUUUGAAGUCUUCUAGAAGGGUGUGACUGUCUUGAAAUAUUGGUCACAUCGAUCUAAUGCACCGUUACAAGCCAUCAGUGUCACAUGACAUGUGCCCACAAAGUAACUGCCAGAUUGAGAAGAAUUGAAGAUGAAACUACCAUAAAACUAUUACCCUGCA